AUGGAAGACAUCACGGUUGAAACAAAUCGAAUAGCUGCUUUUUUUUCUUCAGUCAACAAAUUUGCGUACAUUUGUGGCUUACCGAAUUUUUUAAACAAUAAUAACAAUUUACCGCCGCUCAUUGUCCGCUACAACACAAUAUACAUUAGCCUAAUAAAUAUAUUGUUAUUUUCCUUCGUCGCUAUAGAAAACUUGUCGUUUAUCACACAAAAAAAUUUUACGACCAAGCAGAAAAACGAUUUGAUGACAUUCGCUGUUUCACACUUCAUGCUCAGUUUCUAUUACGUUAGUUUAUACCUGAAUAGAAAUACUGUGAAGAAAUUGGCCUUCACUUUGACGAUAUCUUUAAAAAAGCUGUAUAAUGAUGUGAAUAUUGAGAAGGACGCUAUAAAAAAAUCCAAAGUAUACAUGGUGAUAUUCCUUUCUUUGUGCUCGGGAGCUAUUUUCUCUUAUGGGUUGGAAGCUCUAAUUUUGGUUGUACUUGAAGAUGGAAAAUUCAUCACCGUAAUCACAGCCUUUCCAGACGUUGAAGACAACAGCGUUGUUGGAAACAUUUGGAGGGUCGUAUUUUAUUUAUUCUGGUGGUUCUUUAUAGUGCGAAUUAUAGCCUUGUUCCUCGUCGUCAUAGUAUCGAUUAUUUAUUUGAGAUAUCAGUAUAAAAAUUUACAGAGCUACUUCUACAGUCUCGCCACGAUAUUUGACGAAGACAUCAGCCAGUCUGAGAAGGAAAAUAAGUAUGAAAAAGCUUUGAAAACUGGCAUACAGUUACAUGCAGAUACUUUAAGAUGCACAAAAGAUUGUCAGCAAGCGUUCUAUGUGGUAUUAAGCGUCCAGCUACUGAUAAAUAUGAUGACAGUCGUACUGAUCAUGAUGAGAUUUAUGGUAAACAUAAAAAAAUCCCUGACAUCAGAGCAUACACCCAUGAACUUACUAGCUACGGGCGUUAUGGGCACAGCUAUUCUAAUAGGAACUGGUUUAUUCAUGUGGAACUUGGGAGAUGUCACUGUUGAGGCCAGCAAGGUUCCCACAGCUAUCUACAGCUCUGGUUGGGAAAACUGCACACGAGGGUCGUCGGCUCGCGUGAGACACCUCAUCUCAUUCUCUAUCACACAAGGACAGAAACAUGUGGCCCUGCGUGCUAUAGGAGUAAUAGAGCUUUCUUACUCAUCAUAUGUAACGCUCGUAAAAUCGUCUUAUAGCGUUUUCUCUUUGAUUUAUUAA